AUGCUGCCCUCAUCGGUGCGGCGCGUGGUCGCUUCGGCGCCGCAGUCCCCUCUCGUCGCCUCCCUCACCACCUCCGCUCCGAGAGCGGCGACGGCCACCAUCACCCUUCAGCAGAGACCCGUCGGUGGCCACCAGAGACGAUGGUCCUCCUCGAGCCCCUCGAACCCGAAUAACAACGGAUCCAAGGACAUUCCUGCCCAGGGCCAGUCCGUCCAUGCCUCGACAUCAUCGAGCUCCAGCAGCAGCGGCAAGGCCAACGGCGAGAAGCGGAAACGAAAGAGCAAGGACAGCGCCGAUAGGGAGGCUGCGCAGAAGCUGCCCAGCGUGCCCAGCACACAACAUCUUUCCCAAGAAGCUCUCGGCUUGUCAACCUUUUUCUCGCUGCACCGGCCGAUAUCUGUGACCCACAGCAUGCCCAAGUCAGUGACGGAAGAAGCCUUCGCCGCCAUCUUUAAGCCCCGGAGCAGGGCGAACAAGGUCACCGACGUCAUCUCAACACUAUCGCGGACGACCGACGACCUCGAGGGCGCCAUGGCCAAGAUGACCAUCGGCCACCAGGAGACGGAUGCGUCAGGCGAGCCCGUCCAAAAGAUCGACUUCAAGAACCCCGACGGCACCGAGUCGAGCGUCUACGUCCAGCUCAACAGCAUGGCCGGCCAGUUCGUCCCCUUCCGCCCUCCCCCGGCCCCCGAGGCCAUGGGCGAGACCGCCGACGCCGCGACAUCCCACGCCGCCGCCGCCGAGUCCGCCGUCGAGGACCUCCUCGACGAGACCCCCCACCACCGCGUCUACAAGGCCAUGUUCACCAUCGAGGAGACGACCGACGCCGACGGCCAGGUCCAGGUUCUCGCCCACAGCCCCAAGAUCAUGCAGGACGGCGGCGACGCGCCCCGCUCGUUCCUCGAGCGCAUGGCCCUGCGCCAGAUGAAGUUUGACGAGGCGCAAGGCCACGAUACCAUGCACGCCCUCAGCGUCAAGCGCCAACGCAAGCUCAAGAUGAAGAAGAAGAAGUACAAGAAGCUGAUGAAGCGCACGCGCAACCUGCGCCGCAAGCUGGACAGAAUCUAA